AUGCAUAUUAGCGAAAUCAGCCCUGGCAAGAAUCCCCCUCAUGAAAUCAACGUUAUUGUUGAAAAUCCCCUUGGGACAACAAAUGUUAAAUAUGAGCUCGAUAAAGAUAGCGGUGCGUUGUUUGUCGACCGCUUUCGCCUCGCCGCCAUGUCUUACCCUGGCAACUAUGGCUUUGUUCCGCACACCCUAUCUCUUGAUGGCGAUCCCAUUGACGUCCUUGUGGUUUCUGACUUCGCUGUUGCCCACAAAGCAAUUGUCCCCUGUAAACCUGUCGGUGUUUUAUUGAUGGAAGACGAUGGUGGCCCUGAUGAGAAAAUCAUCGCGAUCCCCUCUCCACGCCUGACACCUGUAAGGCGCAUUAUCAAUGAAUAUAGCGAUAUUGAAGAAGGCAAGCUGGAACGCAUUCAGCACUUUUUCUCUCACUAUAAAGAUGGUGAGGAAGGAAAGUGGGUUAAAAUUGAAGGAUGGGAUAAUGCAGAAAAGGCACACACUCUCAUCCUAGAAAGUAUUGAACGCGCCAAUCAAAAAUAG